GAUGAAGGAAAGAAAAGAAACAAAGAAAAAAAAAGAAUUAAGAAAAAAAAUGAACAAAGAAAAAGAAAAGGAACAAAAGAAAAGAAAAGAACAAAGGAAAAGAAAGGAACAAAGAAAAAAAAAAAGAAUGAAGGAAAAAAAAGGUGCAAAGAAAAAGAAAAGAAACUAAGAAAAGAAAAUGAACAAAGAAAAGAACAAAAAAGAAAAAAAGACAAAGAAAAGAAAAAGAACAAAGAAAAGAAAAAGAAAGAAGAAAAAAGAAUGAAAAAAAGAAAAGAAUCAAAAGAAAAAGAAUGA